AUGGGUAACAAAAAAUCAAAAGCGUCUGUUCAAAUCAAUACACAAGCUAAUACUAAACACGUAUCAAAUAUUUCUAAGGAUGCAGUUACAAAUCGGCGUAUGAACAUGAAAAGAAUGCAAAAUGUCCUACUAAUUUGGUUGGAUAGUAAUAUUAACGAUAAUGAUCCUGAUUGUAAUAAUAUAAUCCAACAAUUGACACGUCUUGUUAACAACGUAAAAACAUUUACAGAUGAUAAACAAUGUGUUGAAUUUAUUCAAACGGCUACCAACAACAAAAUAAUUAUGAUUGUUUCUGGUUCACUUGGACAACAUAUUGUACCUCAUGUACAUAAUAUGUCUCAAGUAGAUAACAUUUUUAUUUUUUGUAACAAUCAAGAAUGGCAUAAACAAUGGGCGAAAGAAUGGUCUAAAAUAAAAGGAGUCUACACAGAUAUAACAUUAAUCUGUGAAGCUCUCAAACAAGCUGCUCACCAAUGUGAGCAAAAUGCCAUCUCAAUCAGCAUUGUGGCACCAAACAAUAAAUUGGAUCAAUUAGAUCCACCCUUUAUGUAUACCCAGAUCUUGAAAGAGAUCUUAUUAACUAUCAACUUUGAAGAUAAACAUAUUAAAGAAUUUAUUACCUAUUAUCGUGAAGCAUUUGUCAAAAAUGAGUCUGAUUUACGUAAUAUUGAAGAAUUGGAACGUGAUUAUCAUGAUAAAAGACCUAUUUGGUGGUAUACUUAUCAAUGUUUUUUAUAUCGGAUGCUCAAUCAAGCAUUAAGAUUAAUGAAUGUUGAUAUUAUUCUUCGAAUGGGUUUCUUUUUUAAUGAUCUACAUCGUGAUAUUCAACGACUACAUUCGGAACAUCUUGAUAGUCAACAAUCUGAUGAAAUAUUUGAAGUUUAUCGUGGGCAACGUCUUUUAAAAGAAGAUUUUACCAAAAUGAAAAAUGCUAAAGGUGGACUUCUUUCAUUUAAUAACUUUCUAUCAACUAGUAAAGAUCGUGAUGUUUCUCUUUGUUUUGCACCACAAGUUGAUACAGAACCUGAUCUUGUUGGAAUUCUGUUUGUUAUAUCUAUAAAUCCUACUCAUUCAACAGCUCCAUUUGCUUCUCUUACGAAUGUUAGUCAUUUUGACGACGAAGAUGAAAUUCUUUUCUCUAUGCAUACCAUUUUUCGUAUUGAAGAUAUUGAACCAAUAGAUGAAGACAAUAAUCUUUACCAAGUGAAUUUAACAUUGACCAAUAACAACGACCAAGAUCUUCGUACUCUUACUGAUCGUAUCCGACAGGAAACCUAUCCAAAUGCGGCAGGAUGGCAGAGAUUAGGAUUACUGUUAAUUAAAAUGGGUGAGUUUAACAAGGCUCAAGAAGUUUAUGAAAUUUUACUUCAUCAAACAACGCAUGAAAAUGACAAAUCACCUAUUUAUAAUCAACUAGGUUGGAUCACAAACAGUCAAGGAAUAUAUUCAAAAGCACUUACAUAUUAUAAAAAAUCACUUACUAUCUGUCAGAAAACACUUCCUUCUAAUCAUCUUAAUUUAGCUAUGUCCUACAACAACAUCGGUGUGCUGUAUGACAAAAUAGGUGAUUAUUCCAAAGCACUUUCAUCUCAUAAGAAAGCCCUUGAAAUUCGACAACAAUCACUUCCUUUUGAUCAUCCUGAUUUGGCUGCUUCCUAUAACAACAUCGGUACAGUUUAUGAUGGCAAGCGUGAUUAUAAAACGGCACUUGAAUUUUAUAAAAAAGCCCUUCCAAUUCAGGAGAAAUCACUUCCUCCCAAUCAUCCUCAUUUGGGUGGUUUCUGUAACAACAUCGGUUUGGUGUAUGAGAAUAUGGGCAACUAUCUAGAAGCUCAUUCAUUUUAUAAACGUGCUGUACAAAUUGCACAACAAUCAUUACUACCAAAUCAUCCAAACCUUCAGAAAUGGACAAUCAAUCUCGAACGCAUAGAAACGAAAUUAUAA